AUGAACCUCGCUCACCUCCCCUACACGGUGUUCUUCGAAAUCGUGUCUCAUCUGUCUGCGCUGGAGACGCUCACUGCGCGCCGCAUCUCACGGGACGUUUACUCCGCACUAACAAGACCGGACUUGAGCAUCAGUCUCCUCUUGUUGCAUUUUCCGCGGUCGCGAGAAGGACGCACCCUUCGAGGAUACCUGCAGAGCGGUAAUGACGAGGCUCUCGAGCGGGGGGACUGGGCAGCUGUGUUUGCCACUCUGGUCCGGCGGUACCAUCACCUUGGGAAUGCCACGCCUUGGAGGGUGAAGAAAGUGAGGGUGGCCAAGGGCUCACACAGACUGCGUGGUGUGACGCCGUGGAAUAGAUUCCUCAGGUUGGAUGACAAGACUGCUGCGUUUGAUUAUUGGGAUCCGGUGUGGACGUUUGAGGCCGGGGAGGGAGUGCUUGUGUAUCCGGCGAUGGUGGAGGAGCGCAUCGUCUAUAAGGCGAGAGAUCUUACGAGUGAUACUGAACUGGUCGUGCCUUUUGAUACGAUGACUAAGAUUAUACGGAGAGUGAGGUUGUCGCAUGGGAUAUUAAUCUUUGAGUGGUGUGAACAGGCUGGGUAUCAUGAUUUAAAUGAGACGGAAGCAGCACAUCGGCACUUUGCAACAGCGUUUGACAUAUAUUCACCUCAAUCACAUAUACACCAUCGAACACUCCGAAUAUCCUUUCGAUCAGAAUGGAAAAUUCAUUACUUAGGCCUCCCGCUCACCCACCAAGACCGCUUCUUCUCAACACACAACGCAACACAUUACGUCGUCUACAUCUGGCAGCCCACCCGCUCGCCAUGGGGUGAAGACGCCCCCCUCGAGCGCCUCAUCAUCUGGGAAAUAGGGCAGCCGAAUCCCUACAAACCGUCCCUCGACCCGGGCGGUAAACACGCACCAGUAACCUCCUCUGGCCCCAGAAUCAUCAGACGCAUGAUCAACAACGAACUAUCUACCUGGGGAGUACGACAGUCCGACACUCCCAGCGUGCGGAGUCUUGCCCUCGACGAUACAACCUUUGAUGAGGCGACGAACUCUACCACCGGCCACGUAUUUUUCAUCGAGGAGCAACAUCGGUGGUGUGCAGGACCGCACAGCACGCCUACACCACCUCGUCAACACCACAUUCUCUCCACGGGGAUACCCCUCAUAGGCGAUGGACCGAGAUGGGUAGACGAGUGUGGCGGCCCGAAUGGAUCCCCAGAGUACGGAAUGAGCUUUUGCUCGCGUGGCCGGAAGGAUACCUGGCCGGGGAGGGCGCCGUGCUGGCGUCACGAUGACUUUCCCUACCUGACUGUGUCGGAGGUGUAUGAUGCGGAGGCGGGAGUGAGGAUCACGGCGAGACACUGCUUCAUGAUGGAGACGUUGUCGGUUCAUGUGCGGCCGCAGUUGUGCGUGACGAGGGAUACAGAGAGGGAGGAUGGGUCGGGAAGUGGAAAGAAGUUACAGGGUCCGGAUGGCGAAGAGGUUCAGUUUGAGGAUGGAUUGUGGGGAGAGCUACUAGGGAAGGGGUGCAUUGUUGGUGAUGAGAGAUGGGUUGUGGGUGAGGAUGAGGGCGGGGAUGUGACGAUUCUUAUGUUUUAA